AUGCGACAGAAAUCAUCAUCAAAUUCAGCUAUUAUUGUUGGUUUAGUAGCAGCCGUUGGUGGUUUUUUAUAUGGAUAUGAUACUGGAUUAAUCAAUGAUUUAUUAGAAAUGAAAUAUGUAUAUACUCAUUUCCCAACUAAUCAUCAAUAUUUUACAACUCAUGAAAGAGCUAUAAUUGUUGCAAUUUUAAGUUUGGGUACAUUUUUUGGUGCUUUUUUUGCACCUUUAAUAUCAGAUAAUUAUGGUAGAAAAUUUUCAAUUAUAAUAUCAGCUGGAAUUAUAUUUAAUAUUGGAAAUAUUUUACAAAUAUCAUCAGUUGAAAUUGCAUUAUUAUGUGUUGGUAGAUUUGUACUGGGAGUUGCUGUGGGAAUUUUAUCUGCUAUUGUCCCAUUAUAUCAAGCUGAAGCAUCACCUAAAUGGGUUAGAGGUUCAGUUGUUUUUACUUAUCAAUGGGCAAUUACAUGGGGUUUAUUAAUUGCAAGUGCUGUAUGCCAAGGAACAAGACAAAUUUCAAAUUCAGGAAGUUAUCGAAUACCUGUGGGGAUACAAUUCUUAUGGGCUUUAAUAUUAUGUUGUGGUAUGUUAUUUUUACCAGAAAGUCCAAGAUAUUAUGUUCAAAAAAAUAAUAUACCAAAAGCUUUAGAAUCUUUAUGUAAAUUAAGACGACUUCCUCAAGAUGAUGAUGAUUUAAUUGAAGAAUUAGUUGAAAUUAAAGCAAAUUAUGAUUAUGAAUUAUCAUUUGGUAAAACUAAUUUACUUGAUUGUUUUAAAUCAGGUGGUGGUAGACAUAAACAAGGUCUUCGAAUGUUAACAGGUAUGGGAGUACAAUUUUUUCAACAAUGUUCAGGUGUCAAUUUUAUUUUUUAUUAUGGAGUUAAUUUUUUCAGUUCUACUGGUGUUUCAGAUUAUUAUUUAAUGUCGUUUACUACUUAUUUAGUUAAUGUUGUAUUUACAAUACCUGGAAUUUUAUUAAUUGAUUUAGUUGGAAGAAGACCUUUAUUAUUUUAUGGUGGUAUUGGAAUGACUGCAUCUAAUUUUAUAAUUGCAAUUGCUGGUGUUUCAAUUCAAGAGAGAGAAAUUAGUGCUGCCAUUUGUGUUUCAUUUGCUUGUGUUUUUAUUUGUUUUUUUGCUAGUUCUUGGGGUGGUUGUACAUGGGCAUUAUGUUCUGAUAUUUAUUCAAUUUCAAUUCGUCAAAAAGCUGUUGCUUUAACUGCUUCUACAAAUUGGUUGGUUAAUUUUAUAUUUGCUUAUAUUACUCCAUAUUUAAUUGAUACUGGUGCGCAUACCGCUGCAAUUGGAAGUAAAAUAUUUUUCAUUUGGGGAAGUUUAAAUGCUGCUGCUGUUGUAUUUGUUUAUUUUACUGUCUAUGAAACAAAGGGGCUAAAAUUAGAAGAAGUUGAUUAUAUGUAUUCACAUUGUGCAAAUGCAAGAGUUUCAAAUCUAUUUAAAUCUACAAAGAUUAAUUUUAGUCAAGUAGAUAAAGAUUAUCAUUUAAUUAGUCAAGAGGAUUCACCUCCAAGUUCAACUACAGUUCAUGAAAAGGAUAGUCGUUCAACAACUUCAAAAUUAACAUCAAUUGGUCAUCAUGAGAAUUCAGAAACGUCAGAAGUUUCAGAUUAUCAACAUUAUUUACAUAAUUUAGAGAUGUCGAGGUCUAAUACUGAUGAUGAACAACCACAACAACCUCAAUUGUUACAAGAAGAAAGAUCAAAUGAUGAUUUUACUCCACCACCAACAAAUUUAAUUUCAGGUAUUUUCAAUCAACCACCAACAGAUUCAGAUUCAGAUUCAGACAGUGAUUAA